ACAUGUCACUAAAGCCUCAGGAGCGGAAGGAGAAAUGGGAGAGGCACCCAGGCAAGAAACCCAGAGAAUCUGAAAACUGUGUAUCUGCUGAGCCAAGUGAAAAUGGCCAUAACAACGACGCGGGGAGCUCCGAGAGAGAGGCAGAAAGAGGCAAGGAGAGGAUGAAGAAGAAACUCCCCUUGAAGCUAUCCAAGCAGAUGAAGGUCCCUUCAAGCAGAAGUGGCAGAAAUAGCGAGGAAGACAGCAUCAGGGAGGCCACAAGCUCUCAGCGGAGCAGCUCAAGGGACCGGCUCAGUGAUAGUUCUGCUCAAUCGCUUUCAGGAAGAGGCUACUCCUGUGACAGCGAGAGCGAUAUUGACGAUAAGACCGCAACGGAACUGGAGCUGACUCGUAUCAGGAGUGCCUUGAUAACAAGCAAGGCUUCUGUAGGCUCUGAGAAGCUGUUCUCUCCUGCAGCAAAUAAAGGUCCCACCUUGAAUGACAAGCCAGAAGCGAAAGCAGCCAAUGUCCCAAAGGUGUCUGGGCUAGAGCGGAGCCGGGAGCUGAGCACCGACGUGCCCUUCGCCCUGCCCAUCCCCAGCCCCCAGCCGGUCGCUGCCGUCGUGACUUCCACUUCCUCAGCGCCCACGUCAAGUGCCAGAGCAAGCCCCCUGCUGAAGAAGGAGCCAGUGAUCUCAGCACCAGCACCACCCAGGCUGACGCCGCAGCCGCAGCCCCGGCCGCAGUCGCAGCCGCAGCUGAUCCCCGAGCUGCGGAGCCAGCCUCCCAGCCACAUCCCUCCGCCCCUCAACUACCAAGUGCAUCACCAGGUGGCCCACAACGGACUCAAUAAUAUCAGCCGGAGCAGCAGUGCUAGCAGUGCAACGAGCAUCAGCCUCCCGAAACACCUGCCCCUGUCUCCCCAGAUUCCACCUCACCAUUCCUCCGGCCCAGCUCUGCCCCUCUCCAUCUCUAAUCUUGCUACCUCGCACUUCUCUCUCAGAUCGCAGACCCAGCACCAGCACCAUCCGGCCAUGUUCGCCACCCCACCCACGCUGCCACCUCCACCAGCGUUACCCACCAACAGCCUCGUGAUACCAGGGCACCCUGCGGAUCACGAACUGCUCAGGCAAGAGCUGAACAACCGGUUUUUGGUUCAGAGUUCGGACCGGGCCGCUGCCUCACUUGGCCCGGUGCCGCUGCUGAGAGCGGAGUUUCACCAGCACCAACACACGCAUCAGCACCAACACACCCACCAGCACACAUUCACUCCUUUUCCAUCCAGCUUGCCCCAGACGCCGCUCAUGCCGCCCUCUGCACCUCCCAUGGUGCGUACCCCAGCCCAAAAUUUUGACAAGUACGCUCCCAAAUUAGACAACCCUUACUUUCGACAUUCCAACUUCUUUCCAACCUAUCCUCCAGCAAUGCCUGGAAUGCCACCCAUGCUUCCACAUUCAGGUCCCUUUGGGUCACUUCAGGGAGCAUUUCAACCGAAGACUUCAAACCCUAUUGAUGUAGCAGGUAGACCAGGCACAGUCCACCAUACGCUGCUGCAGAAGACUCCAGGGGUGUCAGACCCUUAUAGGCCUCCAGUAAGAGUAAGUAAGAAACCCGGGAAGUGGUGUGCGGUUCAUGUACAGAUCGCCUGGCAGAUCUACCAUCACCAGCAAAAGAUAAAGCAAAUGCAGCUGGAUCCUCACAAGCUUGAGAUAGGUGGUAAACUUGACCUGUUCAGCAGACCUCCUGCCCCCGGAGUGUUUCCAGGCUUCCAUUAUCCACAAGAUCUUGCCAGGCCUCUGUUUUCUACCACAGGUGCGACACAUCCAGCCACCACCCCUUUUGGUCCCUCACCUCACCACAGCAGCUUCCUGCCUACAAACCACUUGGCAGAUCCAUUUAGCAGGUCAAGCACCUUCAGCGGCCUUGGGAACUUAGGCAGCAAUGCCUUUGGAGGAUUAGGCAGUCAUGCUCUGACUCACAACAACAUUUUUACUCACAAAGACGGCCCAAACCUGCAGAAUUUCAAUAACCCCCAUGAGCCAUGGAAUAGACUCCACCGGACCCCGCCGUCCUUCCCAACCCCUCCACAGUGGCCCAAGCCCGCGGAUUCGGAGCGCAGCUCCUCGGUGACAAACCAUGACAGGGACAGAGAGCGGGAGCCCGAGAAGAGGGAUCUUUCUCUGAGCAAAGACGACAGAGACAAAGACAGAGACCUCAUGGAUAAAAACAGGCAUUCGAACAGAUCCUCGCCGGCAUCAGCCCCAGUGACGCACCAGAUCAGCAAUCUCAUCCGCAGCAACAGCCAGAGCUCCAGCGAGGCCAUCAGGCAGGUCAGCCUGGGGGACAGGGAGAGGCCCAAGGAGCCCGAGCGAGAGCACCCUGAGCGGCUGAGGGAGCCGCCCAUAGCGGAGCACAAGAUCAAAGAGAGCCGCUCCCCAGUGAAGGAAACUCCAAGCCAUGAUAAGAGACCCUCUGAGGACAACACAAAGCCAGUAAUCCAGUCUGUAUCCCCAUACAGCAAACCUGCACUAAGUGAGAGCCUGAAGCUUACCAAUCUAAUGAGCAAGGACAUGGAGAGAAAGACAGAGCUUCCUAGCGACCUCCAGAAGAUUAAGAAUGACAUCAAAGUCAAGGAGGAGAGGAAGGAAGACAGUGAUGUGCUAGUGGUUGGGUCUGAGCCUUCCCAGCACUCGCGGUCAGUGGAGCAUCCCCCACCGCCCACUCUCCACGGAUUAUCAUUGCCCCACUCGAUGGCUGCCUCCAUGCCCAUCUCCAUGGGCAGCGUGCACCAGAUGAACAACAUGAACGUCCUGGACCGCAGCAGGAUGAUGACCCCGCUCAUAGGCAUGAACCCUUUGUCAGGGAGAGAGAGGCUGCCGCACCCCGGGUUUUCCUGGGACCCCAUGAGGGACCCGUUGCGAGAUGCCUACCGGAGCUUAGACCUGCACCGUCGGAUGGACUUCCAGCUCCGGACAGAUCCUAUCCAUAGGUUUCCUGCCACCUCUGGCUUUUAUGACCACGAGCGUUCCUACAGAGACAGGGAACCACACGACUACAACCACGAGAACCUUCUGGAGGCCCGCCGAGAGCAGGAGCGGUUGCGGCAAGUGGAGGAGCGCGAGCGCUUGCACUUACGGGAAGAACUUGAGCGUGCCAGAAUGCACCACUUGCACUCGUCCCCCAUCGAAAGCCACCUGGCACACGUGCCAUCCUUCAUGCCUCACUUGAGCGGGAUGCAUUACCCCAGACUGAGCCCAUCCACUGCCAUGCACAACGGGAUUUUGAACAGGAACCCGCCGACCGCAGCGCUGAGCGCGCCGCCGCCUCUCGUACCAGCCAGCAGCACCAGACCUGCCUCCCCUCGCAGGACUACUCCACUCACAAACUCAGAGUCCAGGGACUACUCCCCCUCUAGGAACCCCAAAGAAGUAGAGGCACGAUAGUCCCCAACAUUGAAUUUUAAACUCACCUGUACAUAAAACAAGCAAGCAAGCAAGCAAACAAACAAACAACAACAAAAAAAAACACAAACAGGAAAAAAAAACAACAAAAAAAAGAAAACAACAAACCUUUUACAAAAUGCACUGCUGUAAACUUUUUUUUUAAUGUAAAAUUUGUAGAAGUUAAGCACAUUUCCAUAAAUAAUGGGGUUGGGGACUUUCCAACAAGAAGGUUGCUGAGAAUGGAAUUUAAUAUAUAGGUAUUGAUUUUUGGUUUUGUUUUUUGUUUCUGUGCUAAAAAGA